AUGAAUUUGGUAUGGGCCUUUCCGCUUUUCAUAUUGGACUUCGUCCAAGCCCAAGCAGAUUAUUCACAAUAUGUGAAUGUGUUUGGUGGUAAUGAUUUCCCUGGUGUCGCUCGACCUUGGGGAAUGGUCAAACUUGGUCCGGAUCUCCUUAUCCAGGGCACAGAUUCGUACUCUGGCUAUCUUCCCAAUGGGAAUUUCUCUGGCUUCAGUCUGAUGCAUGAGCAAGGCACUGGAGGGGCACCAAAAUAUGGAACGGUUGCUCAACUACCUCUAGUAGGGACAAUCACAAACCCUUUGUCAGGUAUAACUGUCGGCAGAGCAGUCCCAGACCAAGGUUCUGUGGGCUACUAUCGGGCCCAGACAAGUGACAACGUUGUCGUCGAGCUUGCUGCUACUUCACAUGCUGGAUUGUAUCAAUACACGUUCCCAACUACAAGCACUGCCAACAAAAUCUUGAUCGAUGUGAGCCAUGUGCUCCCUUCGUUCAGAGGUCAAGGUUUGGGUCAAGGGUAUGACGGAGGCAGUUUCCAAAUAUUUCCAGAUGGACAUUAUGAGGCAUCGGGAGUAUACAAUAACGGAUGGAAUAGAUCCCCUGAUUGGACGAUAUAUUCAUGCGGUUAUUUUAACGUAACACCUUCGGCUUCAAAUGUCUACACAAAUACUGGUGCUGGUAGUGUUCUUCAGCCCAGUAAGUCUGCCACAGCAGCCAAUCUGGAUACUGCCGUUGGUGGACUUUAUACCUUCAAUACAACUGCAGUCGCCUCACGUGUUGGAAUUUCUUGGAUCUCCAAGGAAAAGGCAUGUCAGAAUGUCAACAAUGAGAUCCCACAUGAUACCAUAUUUUCAACUGUCGUGUCAGACACUAAGUCUGUCUGGAACAACCAAGUUCUAUCAAGGAUUACAACUACUUCUACCAAUUCCACAAAUCUUGGAUUAUUAUAUACCUCCAUGUACUUCAUGAAUCUUCUUCCGACGAACCAAACAGGAGAAAAUCCAAAAUGGACUUCCACUGAACCAUACUAUCAAGAUAUAUUCACUCUUUGGGAUUUAUUUCGUUGCAGUACAGCUCUUUUUCACGUUCUUCAACCAACAGCUUACGAGGAGUACAUUCGUUCUUUGAUUGAUAUCUGGCGUCAUGAUGGUUACAUGCCAGAUGCUCGAUCUUCUAACUACAAUGGUCGAACUCAAGGUGGUUCUAAUGCAGACAAUGUUCUAGCCGAUGCCUAUGUGAAAGGUGUAAGAGGACAAAUUAAUUGGAACGAUGGCUACGCAGCCAUGGUAAAAGAUGCCGAAGUUCAACCAAACAACACAGUCCCGCCUGACCCAAUGGCCCCUGAUUCGUCAACAAAGGAAGGAAGAGGUGCAUUACCCGACUGGAAAAAAUAUGGUUACAUCACGCCUACAUAUAGUCGUGCCGGUUCUCGAGCCGUCGAUUACGCAUACAACGAUUUCUCACUCUAUCAGGUAGCUAGUGGAUUGGGAAAAACAGACGACGCGGCGAAAUAUCUUGCUCGUUCGCGAAACUGGAGAAAUCACUGGAAUCACAAUUUGACAUCCAUUGGGUAUUCAGGGUUUGUGGUUCCUCGCACAGCGCCUAAUUCUUCGACGCCUUUUGUGCCUGUGAAUCCUUUACUCAAUGAUGGCUAUUGGGGUGAUCCAUUUUAUGAGGGAAGUUCGUGGCAUUAUUCUUGGGGUGAUAUUCAUGAUAUGGAUACUAUUAUUGAAUACAUGGGAGGAGAUGCUACGUUCUAUGAUAGAUUGGAUACUAUGUUCACAGUUGGAGCCAAUCCCAAUGAUCCGCAAGGUAUUAUUUUCGAUGGUACAAAUGAGGUUACAUUCAAUGUCCCCUACCUCUACAACUUCAUCAACAACCAAUCCCGCUCAACCUAUCAAUCCCGUAAAGUAGCCAAAACUUACAAUCUCUCUCCGUCUGGCCUCCCCGGUAACUCCGACGCAGGCGCCAUGCAAACAUGGCUCAUAUGGAACAUACUCGGUCUCUACCCCAUAACCGCAACCCCAAAUUUCCUCAUCACAUCCCCCUGGUUCGAAUCUACAACCAUAGAUCUCGGACCCAGUGACUCCGCACCAUAUGAUCGGAAAAAGUUAACGAUAACUAGCACCGGUGGUGAUGGAAAUGGGGAUAAUGAUAUUUAUGUGCAGAGUUUGAAGGUUAAUGGUGUGUUGUGGGAUAAGAAUUGGGUGACGUGGAGUGAUGUUUUUGAGAAUGGUGGUGUGAUGGAGUUUGUGUUGGGGAGUGAGCCGAGUGAUUGGGAUGGGGAUGGGGAGAGGGUGCCGAGUCCAGCGAGUGAGACGGCCGCGGGAUGA